AUUUUACAGUCAGUAGAGCAGAAGGACGAAAACAUCAAGUCUGAGGCAGUGUUACUGGUUUACCUCUCAGACUCCAGAAGAUGAAGGAAGAGGAGGAAGAGGAGGAAGAGGAGGACGGAGCAGAGUCUCUAAUAUCUAGCUGUCUGUCUAUGAAGAGUGAUCGGUCUAUAGAGCAUCCUCUAGUCUUCAGUAAUGAACCUGGACCCUCAGACAUAAAACAGAGAGCAGAGUCUGUAAUAUCCAGCUGUCUGUCUAUGAAGAGUGACCUGUCUAAAGAGCAUCCUCUAGUCUUCAGUAAUGAACCUGGACCCUCAGAACAAAAUGUUACUGGUUUACCUCUCAGACACCAGAAGAUGAAGGAAGAGGAGGAAGGGGAGGAUGGAGCAGAGUCUCUAAUAUCUAGCUGUCUGUCUAUGAAGAGUGAUCGGUCUAUAGAGCAUCCUCUAGUCUUCAGUAAUGAACCUGGACCCUCAGACACAAAAGAGAGGAAGAGGAAGAGGAGGGGUGUUUCUGUGGAAGAGCAGCUGUCCAGCUGUUCUUUGUGUCAGGACGUCUUGAAGGAUCCAGUCUCUACCAGCAGUGGAUACUGGUUCUGGAGACUCCUCUGGUACAUCACCUCAUACUGGGACCAGUCUGCUUCAUCAGGAGACUCCUCCUGUCCCCAGUGUGCAGAAAGAUCCAGAACCAGACCUGGACUGCAGACAGACAGUCAGACCAGCACUGUACAAACAGGAAGUGGUCUGCAGGAGGUUUUAGAUGAACAUCAGAUCAGUCUGUGCAGCCGAUGUAAAUGUGUCACUGAAGGAAUUGAUGAAGCAGGAAAGGAAAUCCUCCUCAACAGCAUCUACACUCAGGUCUACAUCACGGAGGGACUGAGUGAAGAGGUUAAUACCCAACAUGAGGUGAGGCAGUUUGAAACAGCUUCCAAGAUGAAGACCCUUCAUGACACUCCAAUCAAGUGUCACGACAUCUUUAAAGCCUUACCUGACCCACAGAAAUGCAUCAGAGUCGUUCUGAUGAAUGGCGUUGCUGGCGUUGGAAAAACCUUCUCAGUGCAGAAGUUCACUCUGGACUGGGCACAGGGCUCCGAAAACCAAGAUAUCAUUCUGCUGAUUCUGCUUUCAUUCAGGGAGCUGAACCUGAUCAAAGAUAAGCAGUACAGUCUGCUCAUGCUCAUCCAUGUUUUCCAUCCAACAUUACAGAAGCUCACUGCAGAGAAGCUCGCUGUCUUUAAAGUUUUGUUCAUCUUUGACGGCCUGGAUGAAAGCAGACUUUCACUGGAUUUCAACAACAGUGAGGUUGUGUCUGAUGUCACACAGAAGUCAUCAGUUAGCGUGCUGUUGACAAACCUCAUCAAGGGGAAGCUGCUUCCUUCAGCUCUCAUCUGGAUAACUUCCCGACCUGCAGCAGCCAAUCAGAUCCCUCCUUCAUGUGUGGACAGGGUAACAGAAGUACGGGGCUUCACUGACGCCCAGAAGGAGGAGUACUUCAGGAGGAGAUUCAGUGAUGAAGAGCAGUCCAGCACAAUCAUCUCACACAUCAAGACAUCCAGGAGCCUCCACAUCAUGUGUCACAUCCCAGUCUUCUGCUGGAUCACUGCUACAGUUCUGGACCACAUGUUGACUUCAGACCAGAGAGGAGAGCUGCCCAAGACCCUGACUGACAUGUACUCUUACUUCCUGCUGGUUCAGACAAAGAGGAAGAGGAACAAGUAUGAUGAGGGAAAUAAGACCAGUCCACAGGAGCUGACGGAGGCUGACAGGAAACUUCUUCUGAAGCUGGGGAGGCUGGCGUUUGAACAACUGGAGAAAGGAAACAUCAUGUUCUACCAAGGAGACCUGGAGCAGUGUGGUCUUGAUGUCACAGAGGCCUCUGUGUUAUCAGGAGUUUGUACAGAGAUCUUCAAAAGAGAGAGUGUGCUCUUCAAGAAAACAGUCUACAGCUUUGUUCAUCUGAGCGUUCAGGAGUUUCUGGCUGCAGUCUACAUGUACCACUGUUACACCAACAGGAACACAGAGGUACUGAAGGACUUCCUGGGAGAAGACAACAGUAAGUCAUCUCUGGAUGACUUCCUGGAUGGAGCCAUGGAGAAAUCUCUUAAAAGUUACAAUGGUCACCUGGACCUGUUUGUUCGGUUCCUUCAUGGCCUCUCUCUGGAGUCCAACCGGAGUCUCUUAGGAGGCCUGUUGGGUCAGACAAACAACAGCCCAAAAACCAUCCAGAGAGUCAUCAACAACCUGAAGGAGAUGAACAUGUCCGAUAUCUCUCCUGACAGAAGCAUCAACAUCUUCCACUGUCUGACAGAGAUGAACGACCGGUCAGUACAUCAGGAGAUCCAAGAGUUCUUGAAGUCAGAGAACAGAUCAGAGAAGGAACUCUCUGUGAUCCACUGCUCAGCUCUGGCCUACAUGUUGCAGAUGUCAGAGGAGGUUCUGGAUAAGUUGGACCUGGGGAACUACAACACAUCAGAGCAGGGAAAACACAGACUGAUCCCAGCUGUAAGGAACUGCAGAAAGGCUCGACUUGUUCGGUGUGGACUCUCAGAGACACACUGUGAAGUUGUGGCCUCAGCUCUGAAGUCCAACCCCUCCCAUCUCAGAGUGCUGGACCUGAGUAGAAACAACCUGCAGGAUUCAGGAGUGAAGCGUCUGUCUGCUGGACUGGAGAGUCCAAACUGUAAACUGGAGACUCUGAGAUUGGAGAACUGCAGUUUGUCAGAGAACAACUGUGCUUCUCUGGUCUCAGCCCUGAAGUCCAACCCCUCCCAUCUCAGAGAGCUGGAUCUGAGCUGGAACAAGCUGCAGAAUUCAGGAUUGAAGCUGCUGUGUGAUUUUCUGGAGUGUCCAGAGUGCAGACUGGAGACUCUGAGAUUGUAUUGCUGCAGUUUGUCAGAGAUCAGCUUAGCUUCUGUAGUCUCAGCUCUGAAGUCCAACCCCUCCCAUCUCAGAGAGCUGAAUCUGAGUGGAAACAACUUGCAGGAUUCAGGAUUGAAGCUGCUGUGUGGUUUUCUGGAGAGUCCAGAUUGUCAACUGGAGACUCUGAGGUCAGACACCAUUUCUAACAUCUGUGCUGAUUCUGGGUUCAGCUGUUUGGAGUUUCCAUUUUCUAAACUUCUACAUUUAAACCUUCUUCAGAUCUGUACAGGUUAUGAAACACUGAAUGCUUUUAAACAGAAACUUUGUCUUCUAUACUGACUUUUAUAAAAAAAAAUGUCUUUAUUCAGAUUGUAUCGCUGCAGUUUAUCAAGGAUCAGCUGUGCUUCUCUGGCCUCAGCUCUGAGGUCCAACCCCUCCCAUCUGAGAGAACUGAAUCUGACUGGAAACAAGCUGAAGGAUUCAGACGUGAAGCAGCUGUCUGAUCUUAAGGAGAGUCCACGCUGUAGACUGGAGACUUUGAGACUCCAGAAGAUGAAGGAAGAGGAGGAAGAGGAGGACGGAGCAGAGUCUCUAAUAUCCAGCUGUCUGUCUAUGAAGAGUGACCGGUCCAAAGGCGGUGUUCCAGACUUCAGUAAUGAACCUGGACCCUUAGACACAAAAUGUCAGGACCACAGACAGAGAGCAGAGUCUUUAAUAUCCAGCUGUGUGUCUAUGAAGAGUGACCGGUCUAAAGGUGGUGUUCCAGACUUCAGUAAUGAACCUGGACCCUCAGACACAAAAUGUCAGGACCACAGACAGAGAGCAGAAUCUUUAAUAUCCAGCUGUGUGUCUAUGAAGAGUGACCGGUCUAAAGGUGGUGUUCCAGACUUCAGUAAUGAACCUGGACCCUCAGACACAAAAGAGAGGAAGAGGAGGGAUGUUUCUGUGGAGGAGCAGCUGUCCUGCUGUUCUUUACAGUGCAUCACCUCAUACUGGGACCAGUCUGCUUCAUCAGGAGACUCCUAUUGUCCCCAGUGUGGAAAAAGAUCCAGAACCAGACCUGGACUGCAGACAGACAUUCAGACCAGCACUGUACAAACAGAAAGUGGUCUGCAGGAGAUUUUAGAUGAACAUCAGAUCAGUCUGAGCAGCACAUGUGAAUGUGUGACUCAAGGAACUGAUGAAGCAGGAAGUGAAAUCCUCCUCAACAGCAUCUUCACUGAGGUCUACAUCACAGAGGGACAGAGUGAAGAGGUUAAUACACAACAUGAAGUGAGGCAGCUUGAAACAGCUUCCAAGAUGAAGACCCUUCAUGACACUCCAAUCAAGUGUCAUGACAUCUUUAAAGCCUUACCUGAUCAGCAGGACAUCUGUGAAGUCUUAAAACGCAUCAGAGUCGUUCUGAUGAACGGAGUUGCUGGCGUUGGAAAAACCUUCUCAGUGCAGAAGUUCACUCUGGACUGGGCACAGCGCUCCGAAAACCAAGAUAUCAGUCUGCUGAUUCUGCUUUCGUUCAGGGUGCUGAACCUGAUCAAAGAUAAGAAGUACAGUCUGCUCAUGCUGAUCCAUGUUUUCUAUCCAACACUACAGAAGCUCACAGCAGAGAAGCUUGCUGUCUGUAAAGUUUUGUUCAUCUUUGAUGGACUGGAUGAAAACAGACUUUCACUGGAUUUCAACAACAGGGAAGUCGUGACUGAUGUCACACAGAAGUCAUCAGUCAGCGUGCUGUUGACAAACCUCAUCAAGGGGAAGCUGCUUCCCUCGGCUCUCGUCUGGAUAACUUCCCGACCUGCAGCAGCCAAUCAGAUCCCUCCUUCAUGUGUGGACAGGGUAACAGAAGUACGAGGCUUCACUGACGCCCAGAAGGAGGAGUACUUCAGGAGAAGAUUCAGUGAUGAAGAGCAGUCCAGCAGAAUCAUCUCACACAUCAAGACAUCCAGGAGCCUCCACAUCAUGUGUCACAUCCCAGUCUUCUGCUGGAUCACUGCUACAGUUCUGGACCACAUGUUGACUACAGACCAGAGAAGAGAGCUGCCCAAGACCCUGACUGACAUGUACUUACACUUCCUGCUGGUCCAGACAAAGAGGAAGAGGAACAAGUAUGAUGAGGGACAUGAGACGAGUCCACAAGAGCUGACGGAGGCUGACAGGAAACUUCUUAUGAAGUUGGGGAGGCUGGCGUUUGAACAACUGGAGAAAGGAAACAUCAUGUUCUACCAAGAAGACCUGGAGCAGUGUGGUCUUGAUGUCACAGAGGCCUCUGUGUUAUCAGGAGUUUGUACAGAGAUCUUCAAAAGAGAGAGUGUGCUCUUCCAGAAAACAGUCUACAGCUUUGUUCAUCUGAGCAUUCAGGAGUUUCUGGCUGCAGUCUACAUGUACCACUGUUACACCAACGAGAAGACAGAGGCACUGAAGGACUUCCUGGGAAAAUACUACAAAUACUCAUCUCUGAAUGACUUCCUGAAGAGAGCAAUGGAUAAAUCACUCAAAAGUAAAAAUGGCCACCUGGACCUGUUUGUCCGCUUCCUUCAUGGCCUCUCUCUGGAGUCCAACCAGAGUUUCUUAGGAGGCCUGCUGGGUCAGACAGACAACAGUCCAGAAAUCAUCCAAAGAGUCAUCGACAACCUGAAGGAAAUGAACAGUGAGCGUAUCCCUCCUGACAGAAGCAUCAACAUCUUCCACUGUCUGAUGGAGAUGAAUGACCGCUCAGUACAUCAGCAGAUCCAAGAGUGCCUGAAUUCAGAAAACAGAUCAUGGAUGGCACUCUCUGCUAUCCAGUGCUCAGCUCUGGCCUACAUGCUGCAGAUGUCAGAGGAAGUUCUGGAUGAGUUGGACCUGGAGAAGUACAACACAUCAAAAGAGGGCCAACGCAGACUGAUUCCUGCUGUAAGGAACUGCAGAAAGGCUCGACUUGUUAAAUGGGGCCUCUCAGAUGCUCACUGUGAAGUUGUGGCCUCAGCUCUGAAGUCCAACCCCUCCCAUCUCAGAGAGCUGGACCUGAGUGACAACAAACUGCAGGAUUCAGCAGUGAAGCAUCUGUCUGCUGGACUGGAGAGUCCAAAUUGUAAACUGGAGAGUCUGAUAUUGAAUUUCUGCAGUUUGUCAGAGAUCAGCUGUGCUUCUCUGGCCUCAGCUCUGAAGUCCAACCCCUCCCACCUGAGAGAGCUGGUUCUGUGUGGAAACAAGUUGCAGGAUUCAGGAUUGAAGCUUCUGUCUGAUGGACUGGAGAGUCCAGAUUGUCGACUGGAGACUCUGGGAUUGAAUUUCUGCAGUUUGUCAGAGAUGAGCUGUGCGUCUCUGGCCUCAGUUCUGAAGUCCAACCCCUCCCAUCUGAGAGAGCUAAACCUGGGUCGAAACAAGUUGCAGGAUUCAGGAUUGAAGCUUCUGUCUGCUGGACUGGAGAGUCCAGACUGUCGACUGGAGACUCUGAAAUUAUUUGGCUGCAGUUUGUCAGAGAUCAGCUGUGCUUCUCUGGUCUCAGCUCUGAAAACCAACCCCUCCCAUCUGAGACAUCUGGAUCUGAGCUCGAACAAGCUGCAGGAUUCAGGAUUGAAGCAGCUGUGUGAUUUUCUGGAGAGUCCACACUGUAGACUGGAUACUCUGAGAUUGUUUGGCUGCAGUUUGUCAGAGAUCAGCUGUGCUUUUCUGGCCUCAGCUCUGAAGUCCAACCCCUCCCAUCUGAGAGAACUGAAUCUGGAUGACAACAACCUGGAAGAUUCAGACGUGAAGCAGCUGUCUGAUCUUAAGAAGAGUCCAGACUGCAGACUGGAUACUCUGAGGUCAGUAGAGAGUUGGAGUCAGUCUGUGCUGGUUUCAACAGGCUUCAGGAUUGGACAGAAAGACAGAGAGAGAGAACAGUCAGCCAAUCAGAUGAGCCACAAGCUUGUUGUGAUCAUGUGUUUGAGUUGA